AUGAAUUGCAUAAAUGAAUAGAAAGAUGAUUUGUAUAAGGUUUUAGCUUUAUCUAAAACUAUUGAUGAAUAAACAUUCAGUUUGCUAAUUGAAACUUUUCGAAAAGAAAAAAUUUCAGAUUGUCUCUAAUAUUUUUCAAAAGAUGGCAAUUAAAAGAAAUUAGGAUAGUGCAUUGAUAAGUGUUAGAUGACAAUUUAAGGAAAAAAUCACAUUAAAUAAGCUAUUCAUAUUAUUAAAUAAAUAAAACAUCAUGACUUUAAUGAAAAUAAUUAUACCUCAGAAUAAUUUGUAGAAAGGAAACAAGAUUUAAUUAGAAAAAUAAAACAAGAAAAAUAUAUUAUUUAAUUUUUGAAAUUUCUUGUUCAUCUCACUGCUAUUGAUAACUAAUUCAUAUAAUGCGGAUCAAAUUCAUUUAAUUUAUUAGUAGAAAUGAAGGUUGAUUUAACUAAUCAAUCUUUUGAAAAUAUUAAAAUUAAAAAUACUUCAUUAAUGGGAGCCAAUUUUGCCAAAUGUAAUUUUAAUGGAUCUCAAUUUGAAAAUAUAAAUAUUAGUGGAAUUAAUUUAAAUGGGGCAUAACUAUUUAACUGUAAAUGGAGAAAUUUAAGGAUAAAUGAUCUAUAUAAAUCUGAUGGUCAUAGUAAAUGGGUUUCAUCAGUAUGCUUUUCUCCUGAUGGUGAAACAUUAGCAUCUGGUAGUGGAGAUAAGUCCAUCCGUAUAUGGGAUGCUAAGACAGGCCGAUAAAAAGCUAUAUUGGAGGGUCAUCGCAGCGCAAUCUAAUCAGUAUGCUUCUCUCCUGAUGGAACAACUUUAGCAUCUAGUAGUAUAGACAAUUCUAUUCGUUUAUGGGAUUUUAAGACAGGACAGUAAAAAGCUAAAUUGGAUGGCCAUAGUAGUUCAGUCUGGUCUGUAUGCUUUUCUCCUGAUGGAACAACUUUGGCAUCUACUAGUAUAGAUUAAUCUAUACGUUUAUGGGAUGCUAAGACAAGAAAAAAAAAAUAUAAAUUAAUUGAUAACGAUGGUCCUGUCUAUUCAGCAUGCUUCUCCCCUAAUGGAUUAACAUUAGCAUCUGGUAGUUGGGAUAAUUCUGUUUGCUUAUGGGAUGUUGAGACAAGACAAUAAAAGUCAAAGUUAGAAGGUCAUAGUUAUGCAGUCAAUUCAGUAUCCUUCUCUUCUAAUGGAUUAACAUUAGCAUCUGGUAGUGGAGAUAAUUCUAUUUACUUAUGGAAUGUUAAUACAGGACAAUAAUAAUCAAAAUUGGAUGGUCAUAGUGACUUUGUCAAUUAAGUAUGCUUCUCCCCUGAUUGUACUACAUUAGCAUCUGGUAGUGGAGACAAAUCUAUUCAUUUAUGGGAUGUGAUGACAGGACAACUAAAAUGUAAAUUAGAAGGUCAUAGCGGAAGAGUCCUAUCAGUUUGCUUUUCUCCUGAUGGAACUAAAUUAGCAUCAAGUAGUUAUGAUAAGUCCAUCCGUAUAUGGGAUAUAAAGGCAGGAAAAAGUACUUAAUUUUCAGAACGAAGUAUUUAUUUUAAAUAUAUAUAGUGAACACUAAUAUUACUAUUCUUCUUAUAUCAUAAUAAAUUACUUUAUCAGCUUAAGGAGCUUAAAUCUAUAAAGGAGAGUUUAUGAGUUAUUAAGGUGUAGAUUUAAGAACAUUUUUGGAAUAAAGAGGAGGCUAUUUAAUCGAAAGUUUAGAUGAUUUUUCUUCACAUCCUGUGCAAAUUUGA